GGUGGAGAUUAACUACAUUGCUGCGGAGACCUCAAAACAGGUCCAGAUCCAGUUCGUUUAUAUUUCCACUACAUCUUUCUAAGCCGGAACGAAUGGUUGGUUUCUGGUUCUAAUCCAAAUCAUCGAAGAGUCAAACAGUCGCUAGAAUCAAAUUCAAAACAACCCACAUAACUUCUCCAGUCCAUUCUUGAACCAAAAAACCAGAAGAAAAAUGGAAGAAUUAGAUUCCAACUAUACCCUUGAAACUCCAUCAUCAUCAUCAUAUCAGAAUCGAAUCAAGCUCAACGUUGGUGGUAAACUUUUCGAAACCACAGUCUCAACACUUCAAUCAGGCGGUCCGGAUUCACUCUUAUCAGCUCUUUCUUCCCGAAUUGAUCCGAACCAUAACCCUGUUUUCAUAGAUAGAGAUCCAGAGAUCUUCUCGACUCUUCUUUCUCUACUCCGAUCGAAUCAUCUUCCUUCAACAUAUCGUCGGUAUACUAAACAAGAAUUAUGUGAAGAAGCUGUUUAUUACGGGAUCGAAAAUCAAUUAAAAUCAGCGUUACUACCACCUUCGUUAUCAGGAAUCGAUUGCUCGAUUGUUGAAACGAUAAAACCUGCCGCGGAGGGUUUUCCGAGUAGUUUUACAGCGGGAGCCGGAGAUGGUUCAGUUUGGAUUGCACAUGGCGGUCAGAUAUCUGGUUACGACUGGAAUUUGAUACAUACGGGGACUGUAAGAAGUCAUUUUGAAGAUAUUACUUCGAUUCGUCGAGUUUGGUCUGAAAUAGUUGCUGUUGGGUCUGAAAUUGAUUCAGGUCUUCAUUUGUAUGAUGUAUCAUGUGGUAAGCAUGUAGGUGCUGUUGAAUGGACUGAUAAAUCUGAUCCAAGAAUUUAUAAGAGUCGCGUUUUCGCCAUUACUGAUUCUACUGACUCGAUUUACGGUUCAUUGAAAUGUUCACAUGGUGAAAAUUGUGUUCUUCAGAUUGAUAAAAAUACGCUUCAAGUGGUGUCGGAGAUAGGUCGUCAAUCUGGUAACUCAGCAAAGAGUUUUGUUCCUGGGAAACUGACGUAUGUACCGCAACUCGGCAUGAUUGUUGGAAGUGCAGUGACUUGUGGCGCAUUUGGGUAUUCAGGGUACAUUAGAAUUUGGGAUCCGAGGUCUGGUAAUGAGGUUUGGGAGACGAAUGAGCCGGGUUCCGGACGGAGCAGUAGGUUUGGGGAUUCGUUUGCGGACGUGGAUGUGGAUGUCGACGAGUUAACGAUGUCUAAAGUUUGUUCGAAAUCAGGUGAUGUCGCAAUUGCGGAUUUGCGGAAACUGACGGAUGAUCCAUGGGUGUAUUUGGAAGAAAAGAAUGCUAGUUUGAGAAGCUCAAGAGGUGGUGGAGGUGAAGAAGGGGAUAAUAUGGUGAUUCAUUGUUAUAAGAAACAAGUGUUUAUGAGUAGAGAAGGUGAUUUAGAAGUAUGGUCAAGUGUGAAUGAGAAAGAAGAAGAAGAAGAAAACAGGGAACUAGACAAAUGGUAUUAUAGGAGGAACUAUAUGGACAAUAGUACCAAGGAACAUGAAUUGAGUAGUAGUAAAGGGAUUGUAAAGAGAAUUGAAGGUGGUGGUGAUAGAUUAUUUGUUAGCAGGGAAGGUGUUGAGGGAGUUGAAGUAUGGGAAAGCUCGAAUUUUUCCAAAAAAGUUGCAGUUUUAUGAUAUCAUCUAGAUACAUGUUGCAUAUUGAAAUUGGGUUGUUGUUCAAUUUUGUCAAAGUUUUCCUGCUGUUUAUAAUUUUAGAGAUUGGGUUGUAGCUCAAUGUUCUACAGUAACUGGCAUGAACUACCUUAUGGCACAGUGGCUUUGGCCUCCGGCUUAGUACUUGGGUGGGGAAUAUGAAUGUAAAGAGAAAAACGCAAACAAGAUCGUUCCUAUGAAUCAUAUUCUAAUUGCCAUGGUAAGAAGAUUACCACUCCUGUUUUUAUGCUUUCUCAUUUCACUAUUCUUGUCAAUUGCUACACUUGGAAAGUAUCUAUGUAAACGCUUUUGCCCCUA